GAUUCACUUCCGCCCUGAUCUUGCUCUUCUCUCUUCCGAAAUAAAGACAAACUACAAGUACAGUAGACCAUAAAAGGUUGUCCCCGUCCCCCCGGUCUCCCAAACACAACACCACCACCACCCGCCCGCACCUUCCGCUUUGAAUCGCCUCUUUGACUUGAGCCUCUUGCCCUCAUCCGCAACCACUUACAACUCUUCCACAAACAGACCACCACUUUCAUCUCCACUUUCACUUCCACCACAGCCACACUCUCCCUCCCUCGAAACUGUACCAUCGAUCCUUCUAGCAACUCCAGACUCUAGCGCCGCGCCACAUCGCAACCCUCUGGACCUGACCUUAUCUCAUCCUCUCCAUCACGCCCACUUUACCAUUCGCCACUUUAUACCUCCCAACGUUCGCCCAAACAACUCUCAAAAUGGUUUCUUCAACCUCAAGUUCACGAUCCGCCUCACCCGAGUGCACCGAGACAAUGCAGAUAUUCGUCAAGAACACCGCUGGCACUAGUAAGCGCUCCAUCUCCUAUGUUUACAUCCCGUCCCAUCCCCAUGAAACUGCGAGAAAGAACAACGAGACUGACCAAUUUCCCAGCAAUCGCUCUCACAGUGCCACAAGACAUCUCCGUCGAGAACCUCACAACCCUCCUCUCCCUCCGCACAUCUCGCCCUUCGAGCGACCUUCGUCUCGUGCACGCUGGGAAACACCUCUCGCCGUCCUUAACCCUCGCCGACUACCACAUCUCCCGCGAAUCCACACUCCACGUCGCAUUCCCAUUAAGAGGCGGCAUGCCACCCAAGAAACUACGCUGCACAUUCAAGGACUGUAGGGAAGGUGCGCAACGCAUCAUUGGGGACUGUGGGUUCUGUAAUGGUCACUACUGUGGGAAGCACCGACUGUUAGAGGACCACAAAUGUGAUGGAUUAGAAGACGUAAGCUGCCCUACUUCCCUGGAAUCUCCCUCGAAAGACGAGAUCCAAUGGUGGAAAGUUGGUCUAGGCGAUGUUCUUGCAGAAUUCAUGGCUAACAAUGAACCCAAUUACAGUGUAAGAAGGAAUCCCACGACCGCAACGCCGCACAACUUAACGCAGAGCGAACACAAGUAAUCAAGGGAAUCUAGGGGAUGAAUGUGGAACAGCUCGGCUGUUGUGACUGCCAUUGUAUAUGUGACUACCAUCCGAACGACGGCGUUUUUUUAUAUGGCCGAUGGGGAGGUCCAUCGAUGCAUUGUAUUUACUGUGCUCCUUCUUCUGUUAUGAGCCUGCGACUUGCGACCUAUUUGGCGAUCUUUUAGCGGGCGUAAUAUGGUUCCCUCGAAAGAGACCGGAACCCGGUCACUCUACGUGUGGUUUAGAAUAAUGGGAGGACAUCUAAACACACAAACAACCAAUAACAAAUAAACUUCUUCAAUUACUUUCUUCGUGACUGAAUUGUUAU